GGAGCGCAUGGCAGCAUUACGAACGGUGUCGUCGUCUGCUUCAAUUCUGUUGAGUGUGUCUUUCCAGGAACGUAACGUUGAAAACGUUUUAAAAUAAUUGCCAACAAACCGUGCAGCCGUUAUCGGUCGUCGCGCAUCAUAUUCUUUCGUCGAUGAUAAACGAAGGUGAACGCAAACUGAUGUAGUGAGUGAGCACCUGAGUUGCAGGUAGCUGUAUUUUGCAUUCGUGGACCAGCCUGUUUGCUAAAAUGCAUAAAUCGAUUGUUAUCAACCGAAUGGUUUUGACUGUAGUUACUUUGAUACUUGCUAGUGAGCUCGCGAAUUCUGCAAUCGUUACCGAUCAUGACCGGGUAGUGACGUGUUACAUCUCAACAUGGGCCGUGUAUCGUCCAGGAUUUGCGUCCUACAACCUAGAGGCGUUCGAUGCUACGCUCUGCACACAUGCUAUCUACGCCUUUGCUGGUCUGGACGAACAAAAUAACACUAUAAAAUCGCUUGACCCUUGGCAAGAUUUAAGAGAAGAUUACGGUAAAGGAGGAUACGAACGCCUCACAAGCAUGCGGAAAUCAAAUCCACACCUAAAGGUGCUGCUAGCUAUCGGCGGAUGGGAGGAGGGAUCAGAGAAAUACUCAAACUUCACAAACAACGCUACCAACCGGCAAGAGUUUGUAAUUAAUGCCUUGGAUUACGUUAGGCAGUAUGAUUUCGAUGGCCUCGAUCUGGACUGGGAGUAUCCAACGCAGCGUGGAGGAGAUCCAGUCGAUCGAGGAAACUUUGUGGCCCUGGUUCAGGAGUUGAGCACACUGUUCAAGAAACACAACCUGCUGCUCACGUCUGCCUUUGCGGCCAGUAAAACAGUGAUUGACGAAGCAUAUGACAUCCCAGCGCUCUCAAACUAUCUCGACUUUCUACACAUCAUGUGCUACGAUUACCACGGAACUUGGGACGGUAAAGUCGGUCCAAAUGCGCCCCUUGCGAGCUCCGAUUUUUUGAGCGUCGAGUACACGAUCAAGCAUCUUCUGAACCUUGGUGCACCAGCUAACAAAAUAGUGCUGGGGUUGCCUUUCUAUGGGCGCACCUUCGUCAGCCGUAUCGUUGGAGCAGGCAUGGGAGACGAUGCCGAAGAAGUUGGCUUCCCUGGUCCGGCCACCAAGGAGAACGGUUUCAUGGGCUACAACGAGUUCUGCGAGGAGCUGAAGCGCAAUCCGAACGACUGGAGGCUGACCUGGGAUGCUGUCUCUGCCGAGAUGGUGGCCACCAAAUCGAAUGACACCGCAUCGCAGGUGGUCGUGUACGAUAGUACGCGAUCGAUCGCCACCAAGGUACGGUUCGCGAUGCGCCACAACUUGGCGGGACUGUUGGCGUGGUCAAUCGAUACAGAUGAUUUUAAUGGCUUAUGCAAACCAGAAUUGGAUACAUAUGAAGAUUUCAUCAUAAAGGGAAAUAUAUCGCGCUUCACAAUUCCGCCACCGGUCAGUGGUAAGUACCCGUUGCUUAAAACCAUCAACAACGCGAUCGUGGUAGCGUCUGAGGAGCUUGCCCAGGAAAAUGUCACUCCGGAUGUUCCAGAAGAUGUUACGGCAGAUGAAACAGAACCGUAUGACCCAUCAGCUGCACGGUCCUUAGACGCUACGACAUCAGUCGCACACCUUAUCGUGCUAAUUAGUUUUCUCAAGGUUAUUGCGACCUCUUUUCAAUCCUUGAAUUUUUGAAUAAAAUCUUAACAAAGCAGUUA